CGAUUUGUUUGACUUUCCAAAACAACUUUUGGGCGAUCCGCCGUGGAGGAAAUGCAGGAUUUCAGGGAUGCUUCGCAGUGCGAAGGCAUGGCGAUGCUGACGAGCGUGAAGAGGGAAGUUUGUGAGUCGCCAAAUCUCUUCUACGAGCACGUUCAAGUGCAGGAGAACUUCUCGGAGGACAACUCGCUGGACUUCUGCGAUGCGGCCAGAAGUCUGUUCCUGGAUUGGGGACUUCAGCCCGAGGCCAUCGAGAGGCUCUUCUUCUGCGGCGUGAGGAGUGAGCUUCACCUGCGCUGCAUGCAUCAUCACCACAUUGACAGCGUGUUCGCGAGGGAUGAACUGAUUGGGGACAAAAUCCUGUUCACCAGCAGACUUCAGGAGUGGCGAUUGGGGCAGAACGGCAUUCCGCUGGGAUGCUGUUCGAUGGGUUCUCAGUGCUCAACAACUGGCGCAGUGUCGCCGGAAAGGACUUUUCCUCCUGCUUCGCCAGCAGCCUUCCUCCCGCCCGAAGAUCCGCUGACCAUCGACAGCAGUCACUUCAAUCUGCACCGGAUUCUGCGGCGCACGGCCAAAGGACAGCAGAUCCUGUCCAACUACGCGAAGAACGGCUACUUGACGUCCAAGGAGCAAUCUUACCUGGCGCACAUCAUCAUCGACUUCCACAUGUCGUCCAAGAAGCGAAUGUCGCAGAGCAUCUUCGAGAACUACGCCGCGGAGAUCGUGAAGCUCUUCCCAACGGAAACCAUGGAAACUUACUACAUGCCUCGCCAUGUGUCGGCGAAGAAGAACUCAGCCGGAAAGCUGUACGACAGGUACAGAAAUAUGUCUUACAAGACGAAAUACUACAAGAACUUGAGGCUUCCACGCAGAGAGAGUACAAAUGGCACACAAACAAGUCCACCUGCGCUUCAAAUAAACAACUUCAGAGAAGAGCGUCAGCUGCCGCGCAGAUGUUCUGAGGAGGAGGAGAAGUCCAAAGUGUGGCUGAAGAAGAUCAAAAGUGAUAUCCUGGGCGAGACGAUUUUCAUCGAGUGGCGAAAGACUGCCAGGCUGCGGAGGAGUGAGAUUGGCGAGCGAACGGGCGACGACAUAUCCGACAUCCUGAGCGAGUGGCCACGAUAUCGAGAUGCCAACGGUCACCAGCUGAUUGAAAUUGACUUUGAUUUCCAACAUCCUGGCAAGAAGUUUGACUUGAUUAACAACUUUCACAAACUCCACAUCGUGAUGAAGCCGAUUUUCAUCCAAGAGGCGAGAGACAAAUUGAAUCACAAGUAUUUCGAAGACUACUUUGCCAGCGAAAUCGCUUUCGAUUCGAAGGAUUUCCUGCUCACCGUCUUGCUUCACUGCCUUAUUCCGCCGGCUCGCAAUGCGUCCGGGAAGAAGCCAUCAAUCUCAGAGGCGCAGGAGGACUUUGUGAUGUGCUUGGACACGCCGGCGAAGCUGGAGGAGAGAAUUACGCUCAUCCAGAAUCAGCCGUUCGCCAUUCAUCCCAGGAUCUUCGUCAUCGGCCCAAAUUGCAAGGCCAUCAAUCACUUUUACGUCUUCUACAGCGGCAUUUUGUACAAAUUGCCCACAUUCGUGAAGUGCAUCGAUUUGGCCAUCAAGAUCUGCGCCGUGUUCAGCAUCGACUUCUCGCAGACCAGCAAGCUUGUCUGGUCUUUUCUCUACAAUCUCUUCUUCAAGCUUGACGACAAGUACGUUCCACCGAAGGUUCUUAAUCUCAUCAACAAGGUUAAGAAUGGAAUGCGUUAGUGAAAUAUGUCAUUAAUAAAUUAUGUGCACACA